AGAGCCCUCAGUUAUAGAUAGCCGAAGCUGACAUGCGCAUACAAAUUACUGCGUUAUAGAGGAAAAAUGAAGCAUCUUUUGCCUAAUGGAGAUUUUUAGUAAAAAGUACACAAUGAAACAACAAGUGAAGAUGAAGAUAUAUCUAUUUGUAUCUUUUUAUUAUGUUUUUACAACGAUAGAUGCGCAAGAUUCAAGUAAAAGACGUAAAAUUGGUGCCAUAUUUGAUCGUAAAUCAGAACAUUUAGCCAAGACAUUUGAGUUUGAAGUUCGGAGGUUGUCGAAUUCAGACAAGGACAUACAUUUGGAGCAAACACAUGAGAUAGUCGAAUGUCAAGAUAGCUUUCAUGUUAGUAAUGCAAUUUGUAAUUUAUUGGAACACAAUGUCUAUGGAAUCCUUGGAGCAUUUCAGUCAUGUGCCUUAUCAACAAUCCAGUCGUAUACGGACACAUUUAAAGUCCCCUUUAUUUCGUUAAGCAUGCCACAACAGUCUUCUUCUCCAGACCCAUACCAGCUUUAUAUAAGACCUGCCUAUAUAAAAGGACUACUGGAUGUUGUACAGUUAAAACAGUGGAACAAAAUAUUUUACAUUUAUGAAGCAGACGAUGGAUUAGUAAGACUUCAACAAUUAUACCAAGACAUCAAUUUUAGGGAAUUAGACCUAGAUAUAAUUGUAAAGCGUAUAGUGUCUGUACAAAAAUGCCACCAGAUGUUACGGGAUAUUUAUAAUGAGAUUACAAAGGAACCGUUGAGAGUAUUUCUAGACCUUACUUCUGACCAAUCGCAGGAAGUAAUAACAGCCAUUAAGCAUGAUCCAGACAUAAGCAACAACAGAUUUCAUUUUCUUCUUGUUGACUUGGGAAUCAACGACAUGAAUGCUACAGUGUUAUCUGCUGGAAUGAACGUUUCUGGAUUCAGUUUGAAAGUCCCUGAAUCAGAGCCCUGGAAUACACAAUCACGAAAAAAGAGAACAUAUGGGGACGUACUUGUUGAAGAUGCAGUCAUGGUUUUCCAUAGAGCUUUAAAGAAACUAACGGAUCCUGUCACCCAGAUCCGUAAUCCUGACGAAAUGAUGAAGUGUAGGGACAACGAACGCAGUAUUUCAUUUAGGCCAGGAAAACGAGUUUUGAAUGCUAUAAGAGAGGGAGAGUAUGAUGGAAAAAGUGAUAGUGAAAAUCCUAUAAAAUUUCAAGAAAAUGGCUGGCGAAAGGAGUUCAAACUUCCACUUUUUGAAACUAGAAUGAAUAUGCAGAUAGCUAAGGUCGGAGUUUUUAACCCACCAACACAACUACAGUUACACGAACCAGAGAUACAAACAGCACCCAGACCAAAUAUAACAAAUAGACAAAUAGUUCGACGGAUAACCACAGUCAAGGAAGAUCCUUAUGUGAUGUGGACUGAGCAAGGGGAACAAAUAGGAGCUACAUGUGGAAGAGAAAACUUCCAAGGUUAUAUAAUAGAUCUGAUAGAUAAAGUAUCCGAUUAUCUUAAAUUUAAUUAUACACUAUGCAUUGCUGGGGAUGGAACAUAUGGCAAAAAAUUGGAAAAUGGCACAUGGAAUGGUGUGAUCGGAGAAUUAACCAGAGGGAUUGCUGAUAUUGCCUUCGCAGCAAUGACAAUAUCAUCAGAACGAGAAAGAGUUGUUGAUUUUACAAAACCUUUCAUGAGUUUAGGCAUCAGUAUCAUGAUAAAGAAACCAACCAACAAGAAAGCACACACCUUUUCAUUUAUGGACCCUUUGUCCUAUGAAAUUUGGAUGUGCAUUUUGUUUGCCUAUGUUGGAGUUAGUGUAGUAUUAUUCCUUGUCAGUAGAUUUAGUCCAACAGAAUGGCAUAUAGAAGACGACAGGACAAUACGAAAUGACUUUACAAUAUCAAACAGUUUAUGGUAUUCGCUUGGUGCAUUCAUGCAACAAGGGUGUGAUAUUAGUCCAAAAUCUGUUUCUGGUAGGAUUGUCGGUAGUGUAUGGUGGUUUUUCACUUUAAUCAUUAUAUCCUCAUAUACUGCAAACUUAGCUGCGUUCCUUACAGUGGAAAGAAUGAACACACCCAUUGAAUCAGCAGAAGAUUUGGCUAAGCAGACACAAAUUCAGUAUGGUGUAUAUGAGUAUGGUACUACAGCUGACUUCUUUAGGCUGUCAAAGGUAGCCAUUUAUGAACGUAUGUGGGCCUAUAUGACUUCUGCACAAGAUGUAUUUGCGAAGACAACAAGUGAAGGUGUACAAAGAGUCCGAGAUGAAAAUGGCAAAUAUGCGUACUUGAUUGAGUCUUCAACGAACGAAUAUAAAAACACACGAAAACCAUGCGAUACAAUGAAAGUGGGAAAUAAUUUGGAUUCGAAGGGUUAUGGAAUAGCCACACCAAUCGGAUCCGAUUUAAGAGAUUCAUUAACACUUGCAGUGCUCCACUUAAGAGAGAAAGGAGUAUUGCAGUCAUUAAAGAAAAAGUGGUGGGAUGAGAGAUCAGAAUGUGGCAAACCAUCUGCUGCUUUGGAUGGCAGUGAAGCAGAGUUGAAACUAAAUAACGUAGCUGGUAUUUUCUACAUUUUGAUUGGGGGUUUAAGCUUGUCGGUUAUUAUUGCUGGAUUCGAAUUCCUGUAUAGGUCUAUCGUGGAUUCCAGAAAAUCAGAGCAAGGGUUUGGUACCAUUGUCAGAAACAAAGCUCGUUUAUCGUUCCGAGGAUCUAUGGAUUCGGGUAAUCCAGAAUCAACAACUCCUUUGAAAAAAUCUGGAUCGUCAGGAACAUAUACAUAUACAGGACCCACACAGCUUCCGGGAUUUGAUCCUUAUGUUGAUACAAACACACAUACACAAGUAUGACACCAAGCUGAAGAAUCAAACUAAUGAUUGUGAUAUUGAGUUCUAUUUAUAUAUAUUUAUUAUAUCCGGGUAAAAGAUGUACAACACAUGAAAGAGAACACUUGUGCAUGUUCUAUCUCAACACAUUUAAAAUUAUGCUUAUUGUGUAUCCUCAUCAACAAUUACAUGCUAACAUUUGGUAUUUAUAAUUAUAUUUGAUUACAAUUUUAUUUACAACGUAGUAAAAAAGGAACCAAAGAUACCAAAGGGACAGUCAAUAUGUGAUUAAAAAGUUAUUUACGAUAUCAUAAUGUCAUAAUAAUAUUUUGAUUGUGGCAAUUUAUUAUAUAAAAUUGAACAUGUUCAAUGUUGAAAAUUUUAAAUUAUAAUUCUAUAUUAAAUAUCACCACACAGAUUUAUAGGUUAAAAUCAACAAAUCCUUUUGCAAUAAACAUUCAUUCCUUACGAUUUCACCAUUUCACCAUUUGCAUUUGCAUUUCCACUAUAUAGUAGUAUGUGUAUACGUAUAGACUAGUAAUCUAAUAAAAACAAUAAUGUAGAACAAACAAAAACUAGAUACUAUUGUAAACUCUUCAUUUGUCGUAUUAAAGCUACCGAAUAUAUAUUCAAUUUAUUACUCUAUUUUGCACAUUUGUUUUUUGUUUUGUUGCUGCUUAAAACGAUUAUUGCGUAAUUGAACCUUUAUAUAUGUAUGCAAUUAAUUCUUUAACAUGUAUAAUCACUGAAUUUGAAUGUUAGUAUUGUACACAGAUUACGUUAUUGUGCUAACUUAAAGAUAUAAUAACAAAAAGUGCAAUGGCUGUCCAAAUAUAUAUGAGAUAUGAGAAAGCCUAAGAUCAUUUAAAAUUAUUGUACAUAUGCCAGUCUUUCUUUGUGUACCUUAAACAAUCUGAAUUGCGAAAAAAAAGUUAGCUUAACUUUAAGAAUUGAUACGUUUCCAUUCCAUAAAUGGACAUUUCGACGUGAAACAAAUGAUAUGUUUGUUUGAAAGCAAAGUAGAAACGGAAAACAAUAAACUGAUAUCAUUUGUGUGACUGUGUAUUCAUUAUAUAUAAGAAAAUUGAUGUACUUUUAAUUGACACAUAUCUAACUGUUGUUAUUUUUGUUUAGCUUAGACACUUGUAAUGAAAGUAGUUUUAAAGCAAUUAAAGAUUUGAAAAAAAUAAAUAAAUGACAGUGUCACCUUCUUUAACUCUUCUGCAGAAUAGAAACACAACAAUAUUAUUCCAUUGGUAUCGGUUCAUCUUAUUAAAAACAAAUCGGAAAUAUACAACAAUAUCCUUAGAUUGUUGUUUGUGUGAUGUUAUAAUGUAAAACAUACUUAAUUGUAAUAUCCGAUUCUAAAGAUACUCAACAUCCUCUUUUAAUUCAAAAUUAACAGGUCCAAUGAAUAUGCAGUACCGAACGAGCUCGAGAUCGUUGCAAAAUUGUAGUCAACAUUACAAUGAGGUUGACUCUGUUUCUUUAAUGACUUAAUACAAAAAAAUGCUGAGUGCAAUGUUUAUAUACGAUGCAAAUAUAAUCAACGUCCUGUUUUUAAAAGUUCAUAAAACUUGUCAAAAUUGGUUUGUUUGACAACAGAAUUAGAGAAAUUGAUAGUUUCAGCUUCAAGAUAUCUGGACAUUAAUUGUUAGUGUAAAUAUUUCACCCUUAUUCAUUUAUUCGUAUAUUAGUUCCACAUCAUUCAUGUAGUCAUUUUGUACAUAUUUGUUGAAUAUUCUACAUACAAAAAUAGUAUUCACCCAUUUUUAUAGGUAUUAUUCAAUUAUAUUACAUAACCUUGUGUGCACCUAUUAUAAUAUGUAUUUAUAUAAUGAAACGAAACUAUUGUAUUAUGUGUAAUUUUGUUAAAUGAUGUCACAACCAGUUCAUGAAAUUUCAAGUGCAUAAGAAAACAUUGUUAUAGGAGUUAAUUGUACUGUUUAUGUCUUUCAAUAAAAUUGAAAUAGUA